AAUAUGUCCACACUGUUCGGGACUUGGGGAGAUAAAGCAGAUGGCAGCAACGUUUACUAGAGGUGCUCAUACAAUUAAUUCCAUAUUUUCCAAGCCAACAAUAAGAAAGUACUGCAGCAAGGGCAACAGUAGUGGUGAUACACUACGUGAGCCCAUGAAACUGGAAGCUGAGGAAGUGAAGAAGAAGAGCACGGGAGGUCACCAUGAUGGGAGUUGCUGGGUUCCCCAUGACCGGACUGGAAUAUACUAUCCCAAGGGCCAAGAGAAAGUGAUGGCUGAUGUUCCUGCUGCAGCUGGGAAGGAUACUCAGAUCAAUUGGUUCUCAUAGCACUAGGGCUAUGCCAGAAGCCGGCGUCGUUUAUGUAUUUUUAUUUAAAAUAUAAUUUAUAAUAACUCUUAGAUCAACUCAUGCAAUUAGUUUUUGUACUCUAUCAAAGGAUUAGAUUUAACUCUUAUAUAAUAAUUUGUAAAAUUUGAAUCAUAUACUUUUAAAUUUGAUAAUGAUAAUCUAAUCAUUAACGGUGUUAAAAUUUUUUCCAUUAUCAAUAUUAACUUGAUAUUUGCUUGCCCUAAUGUGGCGUAUUGUUGUUGAUUGAAUUUUAUGACAUACUUUCCAAGAAUAAUGCAAUGAUUGUGCUGACAUGGCAUUGAUCAAAUACAGAUAUGAAUUUUAAGUGAUGAUGUGAUGUUGAUGAGGUGUUAUUAUAUUGUUGACGUGGUAUUUUUGUAAUUUAC